ACAGAGGGACGUACUUGCGGGGCGGAGCGUUACAUCUGGAAGAGGCUCACAGCAUCAGUUGAUGGCAGCAUCACUCGCCAUCGCAUAUUAGUGUCUUAUUAUAGAAUAAUAUCCAUCUGACAGCUUAUCUAAUGUGCACUUCUCAGUUCCGCUGGGAAUUUUAACGCCUCUUGACGUAGGAAGUGUUGCGCCCACAUGGGCAGUGUCCUGGCUCUGUCCUCUGGUCCAGGCCAUCAGAACUGGCCUUUCUCCCCAGACCCCCCUCCUUCUCGCUGGGACGCACAUCCUGCUCACUGGGACACUCCGCCACGGUGGGAAAGGAGAGAUGGCCGCCUGCCCAACCCAGGCAGCUUUCACUCUCUACACAGGAGCUGCAAAGACGUUUUUCCUCAGCAGAUUGAGGGAGUUAAGAUGAUCCUCAAUAAAACUCUGAGUAGCUUCUUUAAGGCCAGUCAUACUCUGCACCUCAGCGCUGUUAGUCCUUCAUACUAUCGAUUCCAUGUGGAGCAUCUGCAGUCUGACGAUUACAGCAAAGACAAGGAUGCCCCAGCAUUGAUCGGUGAGAUGGACUCUUCAGGAAGCCUGAACGCUCACGCUCUGGUGCAUCUCACUGAGCGUGUGCGAGCCAGAGCAGUCUUUCAGACUCAGCAGUCCCAAUUUGUCACGUGGCAGUUUGAGACAGAAUACAGAGGGAAUGACUUCACUGCUGCUGUGACAGUAGCCAACCCAGACGUCCUCAGAGAGUCAGUUAUCCUUGUGGCACACUUCCUGCAGAGUGUGUCCUCUGGGCUGGUGUUAGGAGGCGAGCUGGUCUACCAUCGAGGAAGAGCAGAGGAAGGAGGAAUUCUCACUCUGGCUGGACAGUACUCACGACCAAACUGGGUGGCGACGCUGAAUGCUGGUAAAGGAGGUGCCCACGCAAGCUUCUACCACAGAGCCAACAAACAGAUCCAAGUUGGAGUGGAAUUUGAAGCCAGUACCCGGACGCAGGAGACCACAACCUCGUUUGGGUAUAAGAUGGAACUCCCAGAGGCCAACAUGGUGUUCCGAGGUAUGAUAAACAGUCGGUGUAUAAUAGGAGGCGUGUUGGAGAAGCGCCUGACCCCGCUCCCUGCCACCUUGAUAAUGGGCGCCUUUGUAAAUCACCGAGGUGACAAACUGCAAGUGGGGCUAGGUGUCCAUGUGGGAUAGUCCCUCACUCCCCCCUGCUGGCAUUACAGCCCACAGUCCAGGAGGACGGCCGUCUAGAGACCUGUUCUUCUCCAGAGGCUUCAUAAUGACCCAAUCUUCUAAGGUUUAUCAGCUUCAGGGAAAACACUUGGGACCAGCAGAGCAUUGUGGAUUUUUUUUAGGGUGUUGAAGCCCAAAAUAUUUCUUUAAAUAUUGAAACCUACCUCUCAAAAUGGAGAUUACGUUUUCUGAUUGAGUGACAGUGGCAGACUGGAUUAACAUUUUGAGGGGCUCAGCAUAUGUGACUCGAGAUAAGUUUUCGUCUCAUUCAAAUCAGACUGGGCAACACCUUGUGGACAAUGAAAACAGGAUGUAUAAGAGACAAACUGUUAACUGAAAAUAAAUUAGGUUGUAUAAUGUAGGUAGAUGUAAAGAAACUUUAUGUUUAUAGAAUGGAUUGAAAUACAAUACAAUAAUGUAUAACUAGAAUUUAUGUAUACCCGACCUGUAUAGCGACCAUUAUCUUCAGCACAUUGUGGUUUGAAAAAGUAAUAGAUGACCCCCCCCCCCAACUUGAACAAACAGUGUAGCUCAUCAGUGCAGCGCUGAAUUUCGGAGCGUCCGAUUGCUUAAAUGCACAAAAUGGAUGAAGUUUAAAACAGUUGCUUCCCCCAGCAUUUACCACAUGAUGCUGAUAGACAACAAAAUAAAGCUGAUACAUUUUCACCAAUAAAUUAUCUUAAUACAGUUACUGUGAGAUCAUUUUCACCAACCAAGGCUUCGAGGAUCAAUCUAGAAACAACGUGUUGAGCAGUAGUAUCAGCUUUGUUUAAGUCUUAGUAAAGGGGUCAUGCUGAAACAUUAGUAUGAUCCCUAAAAAACGUGUUUGAUUCUGUGUGAUUGUCAUAUAUUUUGCCAGCGUGUAAAAGUGUGUGAGAAUUCCACGCGUGAACAAUACUAACCCCAGCUGAGGGAACGUGUGAGUGGCUGUGCAUUAACUCCACUGAACCAGAACUGUACUGUAUGUUUAUAUACACUGACCUGUAUGCAACCUGCACUAACCACACUGAUUCUGGGAAUUUCCAGUCCUGUUAAACAAAUGAAAUGUUUCUUAUGUAUUAUUUAUACAUUAUGUAAAUAUAAGCAUGGGUACAAGUGGAAAGGAAUGACUGUCUUUUGGACUUAAUUUAAUAAAAAUGUUAUUUAUAUUACA